AGCAGAUAGAGCCUGCGCAAUGGAAUAAAGUCCUCAAUAUUGAAAUGUGACAUUGCUCUCAACAUCUCACAUCUCUCUGGAUUUCUUUUUUCUCAUCAUUACUGCUAACAAAUUCAUUUCCAGACUUUGCACUUUUAAGAAGCAAUGGAAAAAAUCAACAGUCUUUCAACACAAUUAGUUAAGUGCUGCUUUUGUGAUUUCUUGAAGGUGAAGAUGCACACUGUGUCCUACAUUCAUUUCUUCUACCUUGCCCUGUGUUUGCUUACCUUAACCAGUUCUGCUGCUGCUGGCCCAGAAACACUGUGUGGUGCUGAGCUGGUUGAUGCUCUUCAGUUCGUAUGUGGAGACAGAGGCUUCUACUUCAGUAAG